GCGGUUCCAGUUAAUUAAACCGCGGAGCUUUUCCGGUGAAUUUCUAGCUGUAAAGUUCUGUAUGAACAUCAAUCGUUUGCUGGUUUUGGCAGGUGCACAAGACACCUGGCGUUGUUUGCUGCAGCUCUCAAAAUAGCUUGCUCGCACGAGAAGAAACGUCAGUCAAGCCACUGCUAAUUUGAAGCGGACGUCGCAAGAGCCAACAGCAUCAUGGGUAGCCUAAGUCAAGUUGAGAGAAACGAAAUGAGAAAAGUUUUUGAUGCCAUCGACGUGGAUAUGAAUGGAAAGAUAACAAAGGAUGAGUUGAAGCAGUUACUCGAAAGGCUUAACACGGAUGCAACAAAAGACUCCUUGGAUGCCAUGUUUAAAGCGGCUGACAAAGAUGGAAGUGGAGCGAUUGAAUUUGACGAGUUCUUGGAAUCGCUGCAGACUGUCAUGUCUCCGCCAAGCAGUGAAGACCUUUCCCAAGCUUUUGCCAUGAUGGAUGAAAAUGGUGAUGGGUUUCUGACCAAAGAUGAAAUCAAGGCAGGGCUCAUCAAAGCGGGGGAACCUCUUAGCGACGCAACCAUUGAGGAAAUGGUCAAAGCAGCUGAUCAAAACAAUGAUGGAAAAGUCAGCUAUAAAGAGUUCACUGCCAUUUUGAAGGGCUGAGAAUCAAGGGACAAACAACUAGUUCUUGGAGGCCUGAACUGUCACAUUAGUUAGCAAUUUAAGAUUAGCUUUCACAAAUAUUUAUUCCCAAGUACUGGAAAUAGGGAUUAUUGAGUCCAAUGAUUAUCAAGAAGAGGAGAAAACUUUUUAGGAAAAACUGUUACUGACAGAUUUGUAUCACUUAUGCUAGUUUUUAGGCAAAUAUUGCAAGCUGUUACAUGCUAGCUGAGCACGUGGCCAGAACCAUUAUUUCUUUGAUAUUGUUAGAUGCUGUUUGCUAUACUGUUACUAUCACUUAGUCAUAGCGUUAAUCGUUAUUUCAAUCACUUAAUCAUA